UUAAAAGUGAGCGUCCUAUUGGCGAACGGAAGACUCGGCAUAUGAAACACAGUACAAACACAGAUUUGCUACAUAUUUAUUGCUUGUCUUUGUUACUGAUAUGGCGACGGGUGGCAGACUAGCUGUGAAUAUGAGUGAUGAUAAACCGUUUCUCUGCACUGCUCCUGGCUGCGGACAGCGAUUCACAAAUGAAGACCACCUGGCAGUGCAUAAACACAAGCAUGAGAUGACCUUGAGGUUUGGGCCAGCACGCAAUGACACUGCCAUCAUCGCUGACCAGACACCGACACCGACCCGCUUCUUGAAGAACUGUGAAGAGGUCGGACUGUUUAACGAGCUCACCAGCUCGUUUGAGCAUGACUUUAAAAAGGCCACUGAGGAUGACAUUAAAAAGUUGCCCCUGGACUUGUCUCCUCUUGCGACUCCUGUUGUUCGAAACAAAAUAGAGGAGCACACAUCCAUGGAGUCUAACAGAAACAGUCCUCUACCCCACCCCGAGUCUACAACCACUGACGACAAGGAGGUUUCUUUGCAGCCGACCUCUCUGCCUUCAUCCACUAUAGUCCGUCCUGCCUCACUUCAAGUCCCCAAUGUACUUCUGGCCAGCUCUGAUGCUGGUGUUGUUAUUCAGCAAGCUCCUCUCCCAUCACCAACAUCUAGCUCUGUUAUAACCCAGGUCCCAUCCUCUAGUAGACCGAUAGUUCCAGUGUCAGGCACAUUUCCGGUUCUUCUGCAGCUGCCUAAUGGUCAGACCAUGCCAGUAGCCAUCCCAGCCACCAUCGCCAGCUCAAGUGUACACAUACCCACUGCCAUUCCUCUGGUCAGACCGUUCACCGUAGUGCCUAGUGUCCCUGGGAUCCCUGGCCCCUCCUCUCCUCAGCCUGUCCAAUCAGAAGCUAAGAUGAAUCUCAAGGCGGCCCUCAGUCAACAGCUCCCUCAGGUAACCAACGGCAAUGCAGGUGACUUCCAGAGCAGCGCUGCUGGCCAGACCCCGCCCCCAGCCCAACCUCCAAAUGAGAAGCCAUGCCCAAAAUCACUACAGCAACCAGCUACAUCCACUACAGAAACUCCUGUGUCUCCAGUCCAGCACACGACCAGCACAGGUGGGCGGCGGCGGAGAAUGACUAGCGACGACCCAGAUGAGAAAAGACGAAAGUUUCUGGAAAGAAACAGAGCUGCUGCAUCCCGCUGCAGGCAAAAGAGGAAAGUCUGGGUGCAAGGUCUGGAGAAAAAAGCUGAAGACUUGAGCACCAUGAACGGACAGCUACAGAAUGAGGUGACUAUUCUGCGUAGUGAGGUUGCCCAACUGAAACAGCUUUUACUGGCUCAUAAGGACUGUCCUGUAACGCUGCUGCAGAAGAAAUCGGGAUACCACCAGUUAGAGAAGGAGGACAGCUGUGGAGAUAUGUCUGUUCCCAGCAGCCCACAGAAUGAGGCCAUCCAGCACAGCUCUAUCAGCACAUCCAAUGGCGUCAGCUCAUCCACAGCAAUCACAGCGGCUCUCACAUCCGGGCCCAAAACAAACCAGGGCACUGAAGAGGAUUCACAAAUGUGCGGGACUUCUCCCACUCACGCCCAGUCUUCAGGAAGCUGAUCAGACCUCUUAAUGGUCACUUUGAUUUCUGGCAGACAUGUUGAAAUGAGGGGGAGAGGAAAUGCUCCAUGGAGAAUAUUCCUGUCUGUUUCCCCCUCUGAUUUCAUUUGAGUUAUUUUCAAUCCAAUGCAUUUUAACUAAGAGUACAGUAGAUGAGGAAGGCACUUGGGGAUCAUGCAAAAACUGUACUGAUUGAUUGUUUUUUUUCAAUAUGUGGUGUAUUUAUUGAGUUGAUAUGAAGUGCAAAGUGCUGUGUAUGAAGGAUCAAGAACCAUUGAAUCACAUGAAUCCCAACAGCCAAAAUGGAUUCAUAGAGAUAGGAAGAGGAUUGUCAGAGGCUUAAAGAUGAAAGACAUGGCCACUUUAAUUUCUUUGCCUUUUAUAUUUUGCACAUGAGGAAAGGGUGUUUUUUAUUUGUAAUAAUAAUUAUUUUGAAGUGCUUGUUGAUGAGCGGUUUCAGCUGCUUUUAGCAGUUGCUUUAAAACUAUCUUGUUACAAAUCUUAUACUGAUCAUCUUUUUGAACUUUUUGAAAUAGUGAUGUGCUGGUGUGUGAAUGUUUUAUAUGAUUCUUGACCUGUUAAAAGAAGUCUUUGGGAAAGUCAUUACAUCAAAAAUAUCUUGAGUGGAGCGAUUGGUCCUUUGGCAUUGAUUGUGCAUUGUUCACCAUACAGACUUUCAAAUGCUCUCUCUAUAUGCCAUUAUUUGAUUAGUUUCAAUUACAGUUUCAUUUUAGCUGAAAUCAGUAAAAUAGAUCCUGAUCUUGAAGGUUUUCAUUAACAUAAUUAUUUUGAUAAAAGAGCUUUAUGCCUUUUAAAAUAAGUGAUUUUAUUUUCUGCUCGAGUACAAAGUGACUGACUUUGUAUUUGUGGUGUAUGAUUCUUAGAAAAAACUCUUUAGUUCAUUCACUGGUUGUGUUUCUAAUUACAGUGUAUUUAAGGAAGCAUUGUAAAUGCCAUUACUGAUGAAAUCAUUGAAUGUGAUCUCUACUGGUACUAUGUGUUUGUCUUAGGAUCAAAAGGACAACUAUUUUAAAAUAAGUAAAAAUAAUAAUCACCUAAACAAGCCUUUGGGGCUUUCUCUGCCUGACCUUUGGAAGCAAUUCUGUAUUUGAAUACAAUUCUUACAAAUUAAAACUUUAACUGGAGCUGCUCUUUAAAACAAAUAAAAAAAAUAAAACACAUUGAGACUUUAGGAUGUUUUUAAGUUAAACUAUUAACUUAGGCUAUAUUUAGUGACAGUUACCUAGUACAAAUCAGUCUUAAAUUAUCACUUUGCAUUAUUUUCUCUUUCAAAUAUAUUUGCUAACUACUGUGUAGUGCAACAAGACUUUGCUGCAUUUUUCCUGAUUUAAUGAUCAGCUGUUUAAAACUAGAUUUUUGCUCUGAGAUGUAAUCUGUAUGAGAGUUGUUAUGCGCUUAUUUGCUUGACUGAAUUCUGAGAAACUGAGAAUUUGACCAAUGUUUCAACCAUGUCUGUUUUGGGUUAUUGCAAAUGAAAAUCUUUUGGGUUUCUCAGCCAGGAAAUGGCAACUUUUUAAAUGGGAUUUUUUUCUUACUACCUUUGGGUCUACUUCGAAAAAGGAUGUGAUUAUUGUUGUGUUGGCAGUCAACUUGUAACAUGUGAAAGUUAUGUAUAAAGUAAAAUAAAUUCAAAUGUUGUAAUAAAUCUUUUAAUAGCUUUUUAAGUCCUCAAAAUCAUCCUGUGGAUUUUGCCAUGUAAUGAAUUUCAAUGUUUUUUCUUUCCUUGUCUAUAAGUGUUUUUAAAGCAUGACCUUUUACUGUGUAGACUCUGCCAUCUUGUGGAGAUGCACAAGAAAAAUUA